AUGGCGAAGCACAUUGAUGAUAGUUGCUCUUGGGCUGUGCGAUCGCUCCUUUGCUCGGCUGCUGUUUUUCUAUGGCCGUCUAUGGAAGGCCAAAACCCUUUGAAAGAUGUUUCCGAUCUCCUUCCCAAUCUCCUUCUAAAGAAGGUUAAGGGUCAAUCUAGAGUUCAAGCUCUAAGAGAGCUUAGACAGAUUGUCGCCGAACAUGCCACAGCAAAGAAGGCAGUUCUAGAUAACGGCGGAGUUGCGUUGGUUUCUUCCUUGUUGGGUCCUUUUACUAUGCACGCCGUUGGGUUUGAGGUAAUUGGGAUUCUUGUGAAUUUGGAUCUUGAUCUCACAUCCACAGCAAAUUUAUUACAACCUGCCAAGAUUUCUUUAAUGGUGGACAUGCUAAACGAGGGUUCAAUUGAGACCAAGAUUAAUUCUACGAAGUUGAUUGCAAUGCUGAUAGAAGGGAAGGAUUUCGACUCUGAAAAUGUGUCAAGCUUGAGCCUUUUAGCUGGGUUGUUGAGGUUAGUGAAAGAUAAGAGACAUCCAAAUGGGAUAAAGAUUGGACUUGGUUUGUUAAAAACCCUUUAUUCAUUUGAAUCUGUAAGGAACUCCGUUUUAAGCAUUGGGGCAAUUCCUCAUCUAAUGGAGCUGUUGCCCAGUUUGAACAAUGAGUGCUUGGAGUUUGCUCUUUACAUUCUAGAGAUUCUUUCAACUCUUUCAGAUGGGAUUCUGGCUUUGAAGGAUUGCCCCAAAACGAUACCCAACAUGGUGAGAUUGUUGAUGAAAGUAUCUGAAAAGUGUACUCGGCUUGCAUUAUCCAUAUUGUGCGCAGUUUGUCAACUUGCACCAGAAGAAUGUGCUGCAGUUGCUGUGGAGGCAGGCUUGGCGGCGAAAUUGCUGCUUGUAAUACAGAGUGGUUGUAGUCCUGAGCUGAAGCAGAGAUCAGCUCAGCUCUUGAAAUUGUGUAGUCUAAAUUACACAGCUACUAUCUUCAUUUCCAAGUGUAAGCUUACUAAAACGAUACAAUGAAGGAAAAUGGCAGUUUGUUGAUA